AUGGCAGACCACGGUGAGAGGAUGAAGCCCAAAGGGAGUACAUCGGCGGAACUCACAGAGGAAAAAUGCCGUUCAAACUCGGAGCUCGUCGAGAGCAAGAAAUCGCGGAAGACGAUUUACCGCAAUGUAGAUGAGGUCUUGGCAUUAACCCAUCAGCUCGACGCAUUCGCAAAUAAGCCAGCGACGCUGGCCAAAAAAAUAGAGCGAAUCUCGAAUCUAGCAGCGGGUUUGGAGGCUAGGUUAGCCACCGUAGAAAGAUCCAUUCAGGGGCCGUGCGAAGAUUUGGGCGAGGGUUACCCAGAUGAGGAGGACAGAUCCCUCUUCUACAGGGAGGUGUUUGUGGACAUCAGGCAACUCCUUGAAGAGUAUCAGGCGGGCCUCGCAGCCGCACCACCUGCGAUAGCACCGGGGCUUGACAGGCCGGCAACGAACCAGGCUCAGGCUCUGGAGAGCACUCCAAACAGCCGGGUUCCGCCCGUUUCGGAGUCUUCGCCUAGAUUCCUUCACAGCUUCAUGGAUACGGAUAGUUUGGACCGCCAGGCGGAACAGAAUGUUCGGCCCGCAGAAGGUCCGCCGCGGGACGCAGCAAUACCGCCUGAGAUGCCCAAUGAGCAACGGCGAUCCUCAGCCAUGGAGAAUGGCGCCGCAUUGCCCUCGCCAACACGUCAGGCGUCGGGGAUGGCGGCGGGUGGAUCCAGUCAAACACAGUCGACGCUCGCAUACUCGCUGGGUAAAGGUGCCCGGGAAGUUCCCAGGUUUAGCGGAGAUCCACGGAAGUUCCGGGAAUGGCAGCAACUAUUUUCGGUAUUUGUUGACCAGACACCGGCUCCGAUCAUGGAGAAACUAAACAUGCUCCGAAAAUCACUAUCGGGCAAAGCUUUGUCGGCAAUCGCGCACCUCCAAUGGGAGGAAAGUCACUAUCGAUUGGCAAAGCUGAUCAUAGAGGAGAAAUUCGGCGACCCGGAGGGGGCGAAGAAGGCCCACCUCAGAGAGAUCGACAAGCUCCUCGAAAGGGGUCCGAUCCGGAAUCACGGCCUGGAUUUAUUCAUUGAAUCCUUGAGUGCAAAUUGUCGGGCCCUCAUGGCGCUAGGCUGCACGUUCGCUGAGUUAUCGACAGCGACAACGCACAGAGUGCUGAAAUGUAUACCUCAGGAGUUAAGGUUCGAAUUUGCCAAGGAGAAGGGCAGACGAAACCCUGCAAUCCCCGGGAUCCCGGAGUUGGAGGCACUUUUGAUGUUCCUCGAGCAGACGGUCCGGGUUAGAAAGGACGUAGACUGGGUUGCGGAACCGUCAGAGAGAUACAAUCGAUUCACGCCCAACUCCCAGUACAACAAAUCGAGCGGAAGGGAACGUUUCGGUGCCGGAGCAAACACCGGGAGAUUCAAUAACCCUGGUCCAUCUCACAACUUUCUCGCAAACGGACCUGCCCCGUCUAGUCAGAACCAGAGGAGUCACGCUCCUCCGACUGACACGUCGUGUAUUUUCUGUGGGGAAUCUCACCCUAGCUUCAGAUGUAGAGCGACGCUAACGUUCGAAGAGAGAUGCGAAAGGGUAGAGAGAGAACGAGCAUGUCGGAUCUGCCUGCAGAGAAAUCAUUUCGCAAGGCAUUGCAGAAACCCUCCGAAAAAGAAUUGCGCCAAAUGUAAUGGCAGGCAUUACAUCAUCAUGUGCAAAAGAGCACAACUAGAUGCAGGCUCAUUCCACGUAGAUGAGACAACGGAUGCGUCACACACUUGCGAUUUUUCGGAUCGCCUCACACGCACAGCGGUGGUCUGGUUGGUCGCCGGGAAUCGGCGAACUCUCGCGAGGAUUCUAUUAGAUCCGGGAUCGGAUAUUUCAUACAUCACAUCCGAGGCGGUAAAUAGAGUGGGUUCACGGCCCACUCACCCAAUUCACUCUACGGUGAAAACUAUGGGGAACGUCGUGAAUACUAUGAAUACUUUCGGACAUACGGUAACGCUAGAGAGUGUAUACGACCGCAGGAAGUCUGUCAAGGUGUCCUGUGUGGAAGUGCCGACCAUAACGGACUCCAUAUACCCGAGAGUCAAAAAGAGUUUCGGUCUGGCUCCGGUCGCCGAUCCGUCUGGAGUCGAGGAAAAUCCGACAAUCCUGUCCAUGCUGAUCGGGAACGAUGCGUUGGCCGCAAUCCACACCGGCACCGAGAAAAGUUUCGAUAAAAUUUUAGCAACAUCAACAAUUUUCGGUUGGCUGUUUGCUGGACCUAUGAACAGUUCUGGGUAUUCAUCAGAGGACAUGUCGUUGCUAUGCGAAUUGAGGGCAUCGCUACCUAGACCGCUUCAGACUCGUCAGCCCAGUGAGUUAAUGGCUCACUGUUUGAUGAAUUCUGUCGGUUCUCCGUCGAAAAAGAGAUCAGAGCCGUCACUAGAAUCAGAUCUGAAGUUCCUCUGGGAGGCGGAAUUCCUCGGUGUGGAUGAAAGGACAGACGAAGAGGAUUCCUUAAAUAAGGAAUUGAACGAAUUCUUCGAGAACUCUAUCCGUCGCAGAGAAGACGGUAGAUACAUUCUGGCGCUUCCGUUCAAAGACAACCUCGCAUCCCUGGGAGAUAACGAGGGACUGGUCAGAUCUCGUCUGUACUCAUUCAUCAGGAAGUUGAGGAGAAAACCACUGCAGUUGGCAGCGGUCGAUAUGGAAAUACAGACGUAUCUAGACAGAGGAUAUGCGGAAGAGGCGGCCCCGAAACGGGAGGGUCAGUCGGCGCAUUAUCUUCCCCUACAGGCAGUGUUCAAGUUUAACAAUGACGGUUCGGAGAUAACUAAGACACGAGUCGUCAAAGAUGCGGGAGCACGCAAAAGAGACGAACCAUCUUUGAACGAUUGCCUUCAUCAAGGAGAGAACUUGCUCCCAAACGUGAUCAAGGAAACCCGGAAGCCCAUCAAAGAGUUCUGGACCAGAGUGCUCGACUUUGGACUCAUCUGCUCUCCGUGGCUACACAUCAAGGGGGUGCGAUAUCAUCUGGAAAGGUGCAAACGUCAAUUCCCAGACUACGCUCCAUUCAUAGAGGAGGUGUCAGAGGAUCUAUAUAUGGAUGACGUUUCGUUCCAAGCGGACUCAUUGCCAGAUGCGGAGAGGAAAAUCGGCUUGCUUUUCAAGAUUUUCGGUCUUGCGAAGUUCCCACUCAGAAAGUGGGCAACGAGCGACGCGAGGAUAGCGGAAAUGAUCCGAACUCUAUCUCCCCUGGAAAGCACAGAGAUCACGACCGAUAAAGCGGAUGCCAAAUUCUUGGGAGUUAAAUGGAUUCAAGGAAAUGAUGAGAUCGGAGUUAGUAUGGACAAAGCCGUAGCGGCACUCGCGGUGGAGUCUCCGACGAAGCGAUCUUUACUAAAGGGUCUCGCAGCGAUCUUCGACCCCCUGGGACUACUGGCUCCAGUGAGUGUUCGGGCCAAGUCGGUGUUUCAAAAGCUCUGGCGUUUGGGGGUGGACUGGGACGAGACGCUACCGGAGGAGAUCAAUCUGGAAUACGAAACGUUCGUCGGAUUAUUGCGAAAUAAUUCACUCACGAGUAUUCCGAGGUGUAUUACGGGUCAGUUUUCGGCUGAUCGAUACGAACUACACGCUUUCUCGGAUGCGAGCAUGGAUGCAUACGGUUGCGUGAUCUAUAUGAGGACGAUCUUCCAGAGAACGGCGGAAACGCGUUUUCUCAUUGCUAAAGCUCGAGUAGCUCCAAACAAAUGCAAAUGGUCCAUCCAUCGCUAUGAGCUCAUGGGAGCACUUCUGACAGCGAAGAUCGCAGAUCAGGUCACAAGAUCCAUCAAACUCAGAAUCGAUAAAGCGUUCUUCUGGUGUGACAACAUGGCUUGCGUUUCGUGGAUUCACAGUGACCCAAACCGCUGGAGCGCAUUCGUGGCGAAUCGGGUCCGAGACAUCCACAAACUGUCAGACGCCUACGACUGGCGAUAUGUUAAGUCAGAAGACAAUCCGGCGGAUAUCGUCUCGAGAGGGCUGGAUAUCUCGUCUCUACCGACUAAACAGCUCUGGUUUCGCGGUCCAGCUUGGCUGAGUAACAUCGAUUGGAAGGCAGAUACGACCGACCCGCAAAUAGAGGAAACCAGCGAGGAGAAAAAAGCGAAGCCACCCCAAUGCUUAUUGAUCAAACGGAAUGACGACAUCAUCGACGAAUUUCUGAGCGUCGAACGGCUCUCAUCCUGGCACAAACUGGUGAGAGCUCAAGCGGUCUGCAAUAGGCUCAAGAGUCUCGCUCUUAGAGUGAAGCAGAAUCACGACUCGUCGAGAAACAAAACGACGAUAUCGCGAAAGAACACGACGAAUGGCUCGAGAGGACUCGGAUUACUCGCGUCGGAAUACGAGGCAGCGGAGAUCGCAUUGCUCUGUAGAAUUCAGCGGAAACACUUCGCUCAUGUCCCGCCUGGAACGAUCUAG